UUUCUUUCAAACACUAGAAUUUGAAAAUAAAUAUAUAGAUAUAUAUAAAUAGAAAAACAAAUGUUUACGUUUGGGUCGAACCGGACCGGUUCGGACCGGGUUUUAGUUUCUUUUCCCUUCUUUUUGUUUCAGAUUUGAAUGGAAUGGAAAAAACGAGCGAUGUCGGAGAUGUUGGACGGUGCAAUUCGGCGAGUUGUUGUCAUCGGAAACGGCUUCGCCGGCGCUGAGAAUCAGAGCAUUGGAUUGGUCCGUGCUCUCGGUCUCUCCAAACGCAUCUCCUUAUACCGUGUCACGAGGCCACAAGGAGGAAUCAAUAGGUGGUUUAAAUGGCUUCCAGUUUCAAUUCAUAAAAAACUAGACUCCUUUAUCCGAAGAAUUUACGGUAAUUCACGGUUUCAAUCGCUGAAUCAGAACAAUGCUAUAUCUAAUGUAUUAGAAGCUGAUGCUUACGGCAUUGCGAUGAUGGCGCGUGAAAAGUUUUACGAAGAUGGUCCUUUGUUGGUGGUUGCGUCUGGACGAGACACCAUUUCUGUUGCGACUUCGAUUAAACGGUUAGCUUUGGAAAAUGUUUUUCUUGUUCAGAUACAACAUCCAAGAUUCCUCCUGAAUAGGUUUGAUCUUGUGAUUACUCCUCGCCAUGAUUAUUACCCCCUUACUCCUCAUGCCCAACAGCAAAUACCUUGGUUUCUUCGAAGGUGGGUCACUCCAUGGGAACCUCCUGGCCGCAACGUGGUUCUUACUGUGGGAGCACUUCAUCAAGCUGAUUCGGCUGCUCUUAGGGUUGCUGCAUCUGCUUGGCAUGAUGAGUUAGCUACUUUGCCAAAGCCCUUGCUCGUGGUUAACAUCGGGGGACCUACAGGCAAUUGUCCCUCUGGUGUGGAUCUUGCAAAGAAUUUAGUGGUUAUGCUUCAGAAUGUUCUAUGGAGUUGUGGGACAGUCAGAAUAUCUUUCUCUAGAAGAACUCCUGCGAAGAUCUCCAAAAUUUUGGUCAAAGAAUUUUCCACAAAUCCUAAGGUCCAAAUUUGGGAUGGUGAAGGUCCAAAUCCACAUAUGGGACAUCUGGCCUGGGCUGAUGCAUUUGUUAUCACAGCUGAUUCAGUUAGUAUGUUGAGUGAGGCCUGCAGUACUGGGAAGCCUGUAUAUGUAAUCGGAGCAGAGCUGUGUACAUGGAAGUUUGCUGAUUUCCAAAACUCUUUGCAGAAGCAAGGAGUUGCUCGGCCGUUCACUGGGAUGGAAAAUAUAACUGAGAGCUGGUAUUAUUCUCCACUGAAUGACACGGCAGAAGCUGCUACUCAAGUGAUCGCUGCCCUUGCUCAGCGGGGAUGGACUAUUCGUGCACAAUGAUUUCCUAACCCUCCCAAGAUUUCUUUGGAACUCUUGGAAUUCAUUGAGUACGUCUUAUUGAAUAAGAAACACCGUCUUGUCCAAUUCCCACUGGCUAAUUCUUAGCUUCAAAGUGCUUGCCAACCAGCCACUUCUCUUGCAAAAGUCAUUAGAGAUGGUUCUGAUUUAAGUGGAUUGGGCAACAGGCAGUCUCUUCAAUUUUUUCUUAUAGAAGAGUUUUGUUGUUGUAAACCUUCACUCAAUAGGUAGUCUGCACUCUGCACCACACAUUCAAAUCUUUUUUUUUAAAAUCAGCUAGGAAAUGUAUCAUAAUUUAAAACAAAUUGUACUAAAUAAGAUAUAUUUUUGCAAUAGUUUUGAUUUCUAUAUUUAUUGUUUCUUA